AUUCAUCCAUACAGGCAUAUACAAAAUCAACUUUUGGCUAUCCAUAUGUUUUGGCUUCGACGACGUCAAUUGGACAAGGCAAAGUUUUUUAUUAUUCAUUUUUAAAUACAAAUUAAGUUAUUUGCUGCAACAUCAAAAAUCAUGCCGGCGUACCAUUCUCAGAUUAAGGAAUUUCCUCAAGUGGUUGGUAACAUGGCACUUUUGCCCCUACGCACUCAAGCUCGUGGGCCUGCUCCUAGUGUCAAUGUAGAAUCUGAUAUCAUUGAUGAGUCACUGUAUUACUUUAAGGCAAAUGUUUUCUUUCGAACUUAUGAGAUAAAGUCGGAAGUAGAUCGUGUGCUUAUUUAUAUUACACUCUAUAUAACUGAAUGUUUGAAGCGCUUGCAACGUUGCAACAACAAAAACCAAGGUGCUCAAGAAAUGUACAGCUUGGCCAUUUCAAAGUUUGAUAUACCAGGUGAUUCUGGGUUUCCAUUAAACGCAGUUUAUGCUCGACCACAGAAUGCACAAGAGGCUGAUUUGAUGCGUCAGUAUUUUUUACAAUUGCGCCAUGAAAUAGGAAAUCGGGUUUGUGAAAAAGUUUUCAGCACUGACGACGGCAAGCCAAAUAAGUGGUGGAUUUGUUUUGCCAAGAAAAAGUUCAUGGAGAAAUCUUUGUCAGGCCCAGGGCAAUAAGAAUCUGCGUAACAUUGUUCAAAAGUAUGCUUCUCAUAUUACUUAUUUAAUGUAUUAAUUGUAUUGUUCCAGUAACUUUAACAACACCGUAGAGUAUGCCAUCAUCGUGAAUGAUACCUAAAUGAGUCGUUAUAAUAAAAAAUA